AUGGGUGGAUUAAUUUCAAGAUGGAGGGCAAAGCCUUCCACUGUAGAAGUAUUAGAAAAAAUUGAUAAGGAAAUACAGACAUUAGAAGAAUUUAGAGAAAAAAAUCAGAGGCUACAGAAACUAUGGGUUGGAAGGCUGCUCCUCUACUCUUCACUUCUUUACCUUAUCACCUGCUUAAUUGUAUAUUUAUGGUAUCUUCCUGAUGAAUGGACAGCAAGGUUGUUUAUGACACUUCCAUUUUUUGCAUUUCCAUUCAUAAUCUGGUUUGUAAGAACACUGCUCAUUUUUUUCUUUUCCAGAAGGACAGAAAGGAAUAAUGAUGCGCUGGAAGAUUUAAAAUCUCAAAAGAAAAAAAUACUUGAGGAAGUAAUGGAGAAGGAAACGUACAAGACUGCUAAAUUAAUCCUGGAAAGGUUUGAUCCAGAAUCAAGUGCAAAGGAGGCUGAACUGCCGUCUGCUGGAACAUCUGCAACCCCAAGACCUGGACAAGAAAUUCGUCAGAGGACCACAGCUCAAAGAAGUGCUUCUACGACCCCGCCUCCGACUCCUAAACAAGGCUCUCCAAAAUCACUGGUUCCAGCAUCUCCUAAUCUGCAGAGGGACACAUCAGCUCUGAGUGGACACCCAGAAAGAACUGUUGUGCCAACCUUGCAGUCAAAUGUUUUACCAAGACGCCCUGGAUCCCCUGCUAGUUCAGUGCCUGGAAUGGGUCUUCAUCCUCCAGGCCCUCCUUUAGCAAGACCAAUUCUUCCUCGAGAAAGAGGAGUUGUGGAUAGAGUUAUUGAAUAUUUGGUUGGCGAUGGUCCUCAAAACAGGUACGCCCUUGUAUGUCAGCAAUGUUUUUCUCACAAUGGUAUGGCUUUGAAGGAGGAGUUUGAAUACAUAGCGUUUAGGUGUGCCUACUGCUUUUUCCUGAAUCCUGCAAGAAAAACUAGACCUCAGGCUCCACGACUUCCAGACUUCAGUUUUGAAAAAAAGCAAUCUGCAGAAUUGCAAUCUGAAACUGAGCCUCUAGAACCUAGAGAGAGGAAGCCCCAGGAGACUCAACAGACAGAAGAAUCUGAAGAGGACAUGGCCCAGGUUGCUGAGACAAAUGAGACGGAUGAUAAAGCACCAAGUCCUGAGCAGCUAAAUGAUAAGCUUGCUGAGGAAGUUGAAAAAGAAGCAGAAAACAUUUCAACAACUGAAGACUCUAUUUCAGAGUCUAUUUCAGCUGAACAAAGUGAAGAAUCUUUAAUGAAAGCAGAAUAA